CCUAUUGGCCACUUGCCCUCGAAACUUCUAGAAACCCACCUAUUCAUGUGAUAUAUCCGGUGCGUGAGGACAGGUCGAGUCAUUUGGUCGGUGAUCUUCGGUAAGGGAAGACGUUGGUAAAAGCUGUUGAAAAAUUUUAAGGAUAGACAAAGAUUCAAUAUGGCAACUACACCAGCUGUUGGUAUUGAUCUUGGCACAACCUACUCAUGUGUUGGCGUGUUCCAACAUGGAAAGGUUGAAAUCAUUGCUAAUGACCAAGGAAACAGGACAACACCUAGUUAUGUAGCUUUCACAGAUACAGAAAGAUUGAUCGGAGAUGCGGCUAAGAACCAAGUGGCUAUGAACCCCAAUAACACGAUUUUUGAUGCGAAACGUCUUAUUGGACGUCGGUUUGAUGAUCUUACCGUGCAAGCAGACAUGAAACAUUGGCCAUUCACAGUUGUGAAUGAUAGUACUAAACCAAAGAUACAAGUUCAGUACAAAGGAGAAACAAAGACUUUCUUCCCCGAAGAGGUGAGCUCCAUGGUGCUGACGAAGAUGAAGGAAACUGCUGAGGCGUACCUCGGCAAGUCUGUGACAAAUGCUGUCAUCACGGUCCCCGCCUACUUCAAUGAUUCCCAGAGGCAAGCCACAAAGGAUUCUGGUGCGAUCGCGGGUCUGAAUGUACUCCGAAUCAUUAACGAACCUACAGCUGCGGCUAUCGCAUAUGGCCUUGACAAAAAGGGGCAUGGAGAACGCAAUGUUCUGAUCUUCGACUUGGGCGGUGGUACUUUUGAUGUCUCCAUCCUUACCAUUGAAGAUGGAAUCUUUGAAGUAAAGUCUACUGCUGGAGACACUCAUCUUGGCGGUGAAGAUUUUGACAACCGCAUGGUCAACCACUUUGUCCAAGAAUUCAAACGCAAGUACAAGAAGGACUUGACCUCAAACAAGCGCGCAGUCAGAAGACUGCGUACCGCCUGCGAACGAGCGAAGCGCACGCUUUCAUCCUCCACUCAAGCCAGCAUCGAGAUCGAUUCGCUGUUUGAAGGCAUCGAUUUCUACACGUCCAUCACCCGAGCCAGAUUCGAAGAGCUAAAUGCGGACCUGUUCCGUAGCACCAUGGAGCCGGUUGAGAAAUCCCUCCGAGAUGCCAAGAUGGACAAGGCGCAGAUUCACGAUAUUGUCCUAGUUGGCGGGUCAACACGCAUUCCUAAGGUUCAGAAAUUGCUCCAAGACUUCUUCAACGGGAAAGAGCUGAACAAGUCGAUCAACCCUGAUGAGGCAGUGGCGUAUGGAGCGGCUGUACAGGCAGCAAUCUUGGCUGGAGACAAGUCGGAGGAGGUUCAGGACCUGCUUCUGCUGGACGUGACUCCUCUUUCUCUUGGUAUUGAGACAGCUGGAGGAGUGAUGACUAUCCUCAUAAAGCGUAACACAACCAUCCCCACAAAGCAGACCCAGACAUUUACUACCUACUCAGAUAACCAGCCAGGUGUGUUGAUCCAGGUAUACGAGGGCGAACGAGCCAUGACCAAGGAUAACAACCUGCUCGGAAAGUUUGAACUCACCGGAAUUCCUCCCGCACCGCGAGGUGUCCCUCAGAUUGAGGUGACUUUCGAUAUCGAUGCUAACGGUAUUCUGAACGUAACGGCCGUAGAGAAGUCGACCGGAAAGGAGAACAAGAUCACGAUCACAAAUGAUAAGGGUCGGCUGAGCAAGGAGGACAUCGAACGUAUGGUGAAUGAUGCGGAGAAAUACCGCGCUGAAGAUGAAAAGCAGAAGCAGACCAUUUCUGCCAAAAAUGCUUUGGAGUCGUAUUGCUUCAACAUGAAGAGUACGAUGGAGGAUGAGAAACUGAAGGAUAAGAUCUCGGAAGCUGAUAAAACUACCGUCAUGGACAAAUGCAACGAGGUUAUCCGCUGGCUGGAUGCCAACCAGCUUGCUGAGAAGGAAGAAUUUGAGUCUCAGCAGAAGGAGCUGGAGUCGGUCUGCAAUCCGAUAAUGACGAAACUCUAUCAGGGUGCUGGCGGUAUUCCUGGAGGGAUGCCAGGAGGAUUCCCAGGUGCUGCUGGCGGCGCGCCAGGGGCUGGUGGAGCAGCCGGCGCAGGAGCAGGACCAACUAUCGAGGAAGUCGAUUAAAUACGAUUUUAUUAUAAAAUUCACAAUUAUAAAAAAAUAGGGCCAAUGCUGAAUGGUUUCAAUUGGUUUUGAUCUGUAGAUGUGCUGAGUAAUGCAAUUUAAAAGUUCCAAAUUAUGUUCAUGAAAUGAUUUGUUGUGUGUAUAGCGCACUCUGAAGUUGAUUAAAAGUGUUGUAUUGCAGCACAUUAAAAAAAGUUUUAGGAAAAAUCUUGUAUUGGAAUUAAUUGUCAAGUGUGAACAGUGCAUAGUUUUCAUUCCAAUUUUAACAGUAUUAAUGUCCAAAUGUUAGAACUACAUGAAGGUACUGGUUGUAACUUUUUAUUUUGCAGUAAUUUAUUGAAAGUAAAACUUGUACAUACAAUUUU